AUGUCGAGACUGAACCAGACUGCGCAAUUUGUUGUUAUUCGCGAUGCUGUCAACGUGAAUGCACAGAACGAAUUGGGUGAAACACCGCUGCACUGUGCUGUUUUGCGCAACGAUCUGACGCAGAUUAUCGCAUUACUGGCUGGCAAUGCUGAUGUGGACAUUGCAGACAACGAUGGCAAUACGCCACUGCACAUUGCCGCUCAGGUCGGUUGUGUUACCAAGAAAAAAGAAAUUUUUCCAGGAAUUUUUCUUAUGUUUAUAAUUUUUGUUAUGUUUAUCUCUUGA